AUGCCCUUGGCAGAGUUAUUGGACCUUUUACAUAUCAUAACCAAUCUAAUGGCACAAAUACAAUUAUGUCCACCUCCACCUCAAAUUCCCAAUUCUCGGCAUAUGACAACCACAUUGAAUUAUCAGGAUGGAGAAAAAGUGUCUGUUUUCUGCCAAGAAAAUUCUCUAAUUCAGGGAUCAAAUGAAAUAAUAUGCAAAGAUGGUAGAUGGCAGUCAAUACCACAAUGUAAAGAAAAAAUUCCAUGUUCUCAACCACCUCAUAUAGAACAUGGAGCCAUUAAAUCCUCUAACUCUUCAGAAGAAAAGAGAGAAACAACUGAACCCAGGCUUUACAGACAUGGUACUAAAUUAAGUUAUAUUUGUGAAGAUGGUUUCAGCAUAUCUGAAAAAAAUGAAGUAACUUGUGACAUGGGAAAAUGGAAUACUCCACCUCAGUGUGUAGGACUUCCUUGUAGGUCACCGCUACCUGAGAUACCUAAUGGUUUUGCCCUGCACAGUUCAGACAGUUACCAAUAUGGAGAAGAAGUUAUGUACAGAUGUUCCCAAGGUUUUGGAAUUGAAGGACCUUCAUUUAUAAAAUGUCUAGGAGAUAGAUGGUCCCACCCACCAGAAUGCAUAAAAACAGAUUGUGAUAGCUUGCCCAGCUUUGAUAAUGUCACAUUCAUCGGACAGAAGAAGAAUUCAUAUAGGUCAGGAGAACAAGUGGCAUAUACAUGUCCAGAACAUUACCAGUUGGUUGGAUCAAAUACUGUAACAUGUGUUAAUAGGAAAUGGAUAGGAAGGCCCACAUGCAGAGAUGCUUCCUGUGUGAAUCCACCCACAGUGAAAAAUGCUAAUAUAAUAUCAAGACAGAUGACUAAGUAUCUACCUGGUGAAAGAGUACGUUAUGAAUGUAUCAAACCUUAUGACAUGUUUGGGGAGGUAGAAGUGAUGUGUCUAAAUGGAAACUGGACAGAACCACCUCAAUGUCAAGAUUCUGAAGGAAAAUGUGGGACCCCUCCACCUAUUCACAAUGGAGACAUUACUUCAUUCCCCUUAGCGGUAUAUGCUCCAUAUUCAUCAGUUGUGUAUCAAUGCCAGAAUUUAUAUGAACUUGAGGGUAACAGGCAAAUAACAUGUAUAAAUGGAAAAUGGUCAGAACCACCAAAAUGUUUAGCUCCAUGUGUAAUAUCAGAAGAAAUUAUGAGACAAUAUAACAUAACACUUAGGUGGCGAGCACAUCAAAAACUUUAUUCCAGAUCUGGUGAAGAGGUUGAGUUUCUUUGUAAAGAAGGAUAUAAUCCACAAACAUCAAAACUAUCAUUUCGAACAAUGUGUCAGAAUGGGAAACUUGUGUAUCCUGGCUGUAAACAAAAUAAGAGAAGGUGGGGAUAGGUCAAUUCUUCAGACGUACACAGUUGUUCAGAGUUUUCAUUAUUAAUAUAGUUUUCAAUUUUGUCAGGUAUCGUUUAAAUAAUUUUUAUUGUUAAAUAAAAAUCUAUGUUGAUUUGUGAUAAUGUAAUCGUUGCCUGACACCAAUGCCUCACUUCUUAAAUCACCAUAUCCAAACCUGGCAGACCAAUAUGCUAUGUGUCCAAUUUAUAAAAUAUUUAAGGCAAUAAAUUAGAUGCAAUUUUU